AUGGGCUAUUGGAGUCACUUCUCACUGGCACUGAACCCCGGAAUCCGCCUCCGCAAUACUUGGGGUCGUGACGCGCUGGACUGGGCCAAAAACCUGUCCCGAUUUGCCAAGUAUCUAUCACCCGCUAAAUAUUGCACGAUCGCAAUGGGAACUCGAGGCCUUGAGAUAGUGCGCUUCCGCAGGCGUUACUACAUUCGCUACCACCGGCUCGACAGCUACUUCGAGGGUCUUGGCGCCAAAAUUAUCGCGGGCAUCCCUACUGACCCUAAGGAAUAUCAUAAAUGGCUCGAGUCGAUGCGAGCCGAGUAUGCGGCUAGGGAAAAUGCCCUUGAAAGGCAUGUCUACAAGAUCCGCGAUGGCUUCAAACCUGACUAUUCGCUGUUUCGCGAGUUCGAGACGCUUCCUUCUGAGUUCCCGCGGCUGGGUAACUAUGUUGAGUACUUUUACAUCAUCAAUCUCGACCAUGAAGUCCUUACCAUGGACCACAGCAUACAUUGGAAGUUGGGAAAUAUUCCGCGCCAGGACGAACUAUGGCUUCGCGCUAUCGUAGACAGCAUCUAUCCGUUCAAGCUCACCAUCUCCCUCGACGUCUGUCCAGAAGAGCAUAUGACCUCGCCGGCUUUGGAGUUUCCUAAGCGGAACCGAAAGAUUAAAUACGACUUUCGCCUUGUAACCCCGAGGACACACCUUGCGGAGGCGCGAAAGGUGUUUCUUACAUUCAUUAUGGCUAAUACGCUUAUUCAAUAUAAGGACGAGAUCAUCAGAUUUGGGAUGGAGUGGAGCCCGGACUCGUUUCCCUUCCGCGAGUUGGCGUUUGCUCUCGUCUCAAUUGCGUCUAGUCAGACCACAUUCUAUUCUUUCCCCGCUCAGUUGUGUAACCCUCGAAAUUGCGAAAUGUCAGACUGCAAGUUAAACCACUUACCCAAGUCACCUGGAUGGCUUGACGAAGAGUGGGCUGGUGAUAGCGCUCCGUUGCUAGAAUUUGGCUCCCCGUCCCACCGACCGGGCGAGCCUCCAGGGGCGUCACCCACGGAGACGAUGUACUGGCUCGAGGAUGUGCUUGUCAGCCUUGCACUAGCAAUUGAUGGAGAGGCCAUUACGAAGGCCGUUACUUGGGGCAUUGGGCAGGGACGCACCAACUUUCAGCUCGUUGUCCUGUCGCUCUUCAAAGCGGCCUUUGCGGAGGUCUCCUUCGGUGACGACGAGAAUCCUUUCGUUAAAGUCAGCGGUACUGUCGAUCUAUCCCCUCUGCGCGCAGACUAUUGUGUGAGCACACAUCCGCGUAUGCGACCAGAGCUGAAACCUGGGAUGGAAAUCCGGCAUCAGCGCGGUGAGCGUAUUAUGAACUCGAACUGCACAGGGACAAGGAAAAGACUCCAGGGUAUGUUUCCCGGGCUUGCGGCGCUCGCAAACUUCUUCGAAGUCGCCGGGAGCCGCCGCGCAGCAUCCAAAUCGGCAGGUAUUCUCCCGCUGGAGCUGUAUGAUCUAAUUCUGGAUUUUGUCGACUAUGAUACGUGGAAAACCUGCUUGCUAGUAUCGACAGGGUUUCGUUCCCGGUGUCUCCGCAAGUAUAGGCUUGAUGAUCGGAUGAGGAUUGUGGCAGGGCCUUUUGUGAGGCUGCAAAGGCACCACAAGGAGCGUCUGGUGUCCUUCGACUUCGAAAACAUGCAAAUGGGCGAGAUCCUUCCAAUGAUGCAGGAUCCGCAUUGUAUAUGGACAGAAGAGUAUAACUGGAUGCCAGUCAUUGGCCGCGACCGAAAAGCACUCAUGGUAGACAUCGUCAUCCAGUUUAGACCGGCGGGCGAUGUGCCAGUGGAGGCCGACAGCGAUGAUGAAUGCAUGAAGUCUUCUGUAGCGUGA